AUGGGCCACGCCCUCGUCUCGCUCGCCUUCCACGCCGCGGAGGACCGCUUCGUCAUCGCGGACCGCCGGCUGACGUCGGCCCCGAUGUUCUUCGUCGGCUUCGUCGACUUCUUCAUGACCGGCUGCCCCUACCUCGUCAUGGCGAGCCGGACUUCGGUGCUCGUCGCGCGGCGCUCGCGCGCGGGGCUGAAGGAGCGGGCCGCGAUGCUGCUCCGCCUGCUGCGCGCGCGCGGGCUGUGGUCGCCUCGGGCGAAGACGGCGUCGCCGGAGGUUGAGCCCGCGGCCGACAUCUUAUAG